AUGUUCGCGACACGCAACCACGAUGAGAAUGUGAUCCACCAACAGCAACAAGCAGCAGCUGCCAAGCCGCUGAACCAAGGCGUCAAGGGCCUGGCAUCCAAAACACCCGCAGGCAAACCUCCCAAGACACCGUUCGGCAAGACUCGCAACGACGAGAAUACACAGCAGGCAGCGGGUAAAGGUGAUGUGAAAGAGGGCAAAGCCGAGCGUAAUGCGUUCAUCACUCCAGCCAACCCACGCACUCGAGCACCCCUAGGGGCAAAGACCACUAACGGGAGAGCUCUCAAGACGCCCGGUCCCUUCCUCGCACCCGACAAGCCCAAAGACAGCGACCGCCCAUCUUCCACCAAGCAAGCCAGCCUGCGUCGCUCAAAGAUCAAAGUCCACGAAUCAGUCGAGAAUGACGUCCUGUCCCGCGACCCCGAAGACCGCGAGAUCGAGUACAUGCCACCACGAGGCGAGCCACUGCCCGAAGACUACACCGAUGACUUCCCAUACGAGCUGAGCUAUGCUGCAGUUCAAGGCAAGAACUUGACCAGAGGAUGGUGGGCCGAGUACAACCCGAACAGGAAGGAGGACAACGAUGAGGACAGCGAGAUGAGCGACUUUGAGACGAAGUUCAAGGCUGCUGAGGAGCGGGAGCGGAAGGAGUUGGCUGCGAAGAAGAAGCCGUUGGCGAGCAAGAGCACGAAUGCCACAGUGGUGAAGGCAGCACCGGGGACAAUGAAGGCGAAGAGUGCUGCUACUGCGCUGGCCGGUCGAUCAGUCAGGACGGGACGGCCCACUUCGACCACUGCGCCAAAGGCUCGACAGCCGCUCGGUGCAGCAAGCAGACCACUUACCACCACAAAGCGAGCACCCAUCUUCGACCGCGCCAAUCCACGUUUCACAGCUGCCAAAGCCGCAUCGAACAAUACCAUUGGCUACUCCAAGGGUCGCGUUGUCUCGGCGAACCGACGACCACUUUCCGACAUCCAUGACGCACCAAAGGCAGCGGAGCCAAAGGCGGACAAGACGAGUCUUGCCGAGCUACUGCAGCUUGCCAGUGUUGAUAUCAACGAUGGAGACGAUGACCUCCUCGGACCAUCUAGCAACGGUUUGGACGUACUGUCAGACGAUGACGAGCCGGAGGUCUUCCAGCUGGAUGCUCCCCAGGAGCUUUGA